GAUGCUGCUCAGUCGGCAGGCUUCCAUCCCUCUGGAUCUGUGGUUGCCAUAGGAACGCAGACCGGCAGGUGGCUGGUCCUGGACACCGACUCUAAGGAUUUAGUCACCGUGCACACAGAUGGGAACGAGCAGCUGUCGGUUAUGCGCUACGGACCAGAUGGCAACUUCCUGGCCAUCGGUUCCCACGACAACUACAUCUACAUCUACGCUGUGGCAGAAAACGGGAGGAAGUACAGUCGAGUCGGGAAGUGCUCGGGUCACUCCAGCUUCAUCACCCACCUGGACUGGUCAGUGGACUCCCAGUACCUGGUGUCCAACUCAGGCGACUACGAGAUACUUUACUGGAUCCCAUCAGUGUGUAAACAGGUGGUCAGCGUGGAGACCACCAGAGACAUUGAGUGGUUCACCUACACCUGCACUCUGGGCUUCCAGGUCUUCGGCCUGUGGCCCGACGGCUCGGACGGCACCGACAUCAACGCCGUGUGCAGGUCCAACGAUAAAAACCUCCUGGUCACUGGAGACGACUUUGGGAAGGUUCACCUCUUCUCGUAUCCCUGUUCACAGUUCCGGGCUCCCAGCCAUGUUUACGGCGGCCACAGCAGCCACGUGACCAACGUGACCUUCCUGUAUGACGACAGCUACCUGGUGUCGACCGGUGGGAAGGACAUGAGCGUGAUGCAGUGGAGGAUAGUCUGAUCCACCGGACAGACUCGGACACUGUCGGCGUCUUAGCGCUGCCGGGGCCUGAACCCCAGCUGAAGCAAACUCAACUGAACCAAACCAAACUUAAAUGGACUGACACUAAAAAAAAUAAAAAGUAAAAAAGAAGAAGUGGAUCUGAAUGAACUGAACCGAAGUGAUUUGACAGAAGAGAAACUUUUGUCCUGACGUUUCCUUCCCGAUCUGCUGACAGAUCCCAGAUGAGGUGACCUGUAGGAGGUUUAAUGUGCAGCUGCUUGAAAAUACAAAAAAAAAAAUCCCAAGUUUCUCCUUCUCCUUUCUCCACACUACAUGUUAAAAAAUGAUCUCUCUCUCACGCACUGUAGCCUCGUCACCGAUGACACGAGACAAACGGAUCCAAUCCAACUGAACAGAACCAAAGGCUCUGACUUUACUGACUGCAUCUGUACAGUUUGGCUUUCACUGUUCUUGUAUAGUGCACUCUCCUGCCACAGACAAUGGACUGAAGAGGUUUGUUUUGCUGCCUGUCAGAGCCGUUCCGGGCUGAACAUCAACCGAGCUGCAGAUCCAAGAGCACUGCGACAAAAACUGCGUGUGGACAGAAAGUACAUUGUGAUUUUCUAAUUGUUAAACUUUCUUUUGUUUUGUAUUUAACAACUCAGGAAAGCACUAGUGAAGCGAGACCCUGUUCCCUGUUGGUAACGCUGACAUAUCACAAACAGCCUCCGGCGGCCCCAAAAAGCAUCUCACUGAAGUGUUGAGAGCCACGGUUAAUAUUAGCUCCAAAUGUUCUGCAACCGUUAUUGAUUUGUUUGCAUUGACUGUUGUGUGUGAAAUCGACCUCAUACAGUCUAGGAGAAAAAGCUGAAUUUGGCGGACGUGAUAAAUAUACAGAGCGAGAAGAAUGCUGUCGAUGAACAGGCGCCGUUUGGAGCGAUGAUAAUUCAUUUAAGGAUUACAUCAUCUGGAUUCAUGAGCUGUAGCAAGUGUUUGUGCUUCCAGGUGUUUAAAAAAAAAUCGACACCUUUCCUUUUAUUUAUUGAUUACAAGUCAAAUCCUUCACUGCCAGUUUCAUUUGCUUUGAGUUUUCUCCUGCAAUAAAUCCCUGUUAACACACUGAGAGGCUUGAAGCAGGUCUGAGGGAAAUGAACAUACACUAUUUGAAACUCAGAUUUUUAUUUUCUUUUAAGGAUGUCACGUGCUUGGUUUGAAUCCUGCUUUUGCCUCGAGUUCAAGUAGAACCAAAAUCGAGUUUUUCAAUGAUGUGAAGCCCUUUCAGAUCUGCGUCUUUCUACUGCACCGAGAUCAGCUGGCGAAGGGGAAGGGUGAGACCACUACACUGUUACUGUCUGACUGUGCCGCUCAGUCACCGUCAGUCACUGGCAAGAUAUUUAACUGAACUGAACCCUCUCCUGAGGUGUGUGUUUUUUUACUACAAUGCACUGCUUCUGCCUGAUUCAGCGGGUCUAUUGAGCUCAUUUAGCAAAUACUGGAGCUUUUCAUAAACCAAGGAAACAAAGGAGAGCUUAAACACACACACACACACACACAUGCAUGAAUAAAUCUGACUUCUUUACGGUUUGUUUGGGGAUUGAGCAGAUUUCUAGCGUGAACAUAACUUGUUCUGUUGCUUUGAAGUCCUGCAGGAAGACAUCUUACAGGCGCCACUCCACAGAGUGAAUGUAACAUGGCUUGUCUUACUCACCACUUAACAUUUGCAGAAAAAAAAACAUCUGUCUGGAAGUAAAUGAAACAUGAAAUUCCCAUGA